CCCAGCACUCUUCGGACGAGCCAUCACACUUGCCUUCAAAAACUAACUCAGUUUUCGAUGGCCAGCUUCUCGCUACACAUCUCACCGCAUCCACCAAGCCCAAACUCAAACUCAAAGUCGAAGCAAAAGCCCACAAAAUGACCUCAAACCCCCCAAUCAACUUUCAUCACCCCUACCAACCAUACGAUGUCCAACUCGAGUUCAUGCGCACCGUCUAUCAUGUCCUCGAAAAGGGAAACGGCCAAGUCGGCAUCUUGGAAAGCCCAACCGGGACUGGCAAAUCCCUCUCCCUGAUCUGCGCCGCACUCACUUGGCUGCGCACCCACAAGCGCAGCCGCUACGAGGCCUCGUUCGAGGCGACGGCCGCCGACAUGCGGGGCGAGCCCGAGUGGAUGGUGGAGGCCGCGCUGCGGCGGAAGAGGGAGGAACUGGGGAGGAGGUGGGAGGAGAGGGAAAAGGUGCUGGAGAGGGUCCGGGCGAGAGAGAGAGAGAUAGAGGCACGAGGAAGGGGCGGCAAGAGGGUCAGAGUUGGAGAUAGGGAGAGGGAGAAGGAAAGCGAGGAAGUGGACGAGGAGAGGGAGUUUCUGAUCAAAAAUUGGGAGGCGGGUGGUGAUGAGGAGGCGGGGGACGGGUUGGAUGGGUUGAGUAAGGAGACGAGGGAGUUGAUGGAGAAGGUUGGUCUUGGGGGUGCGAAAGGAGGAGAAGACGGGGGUGAGGAGGUGGAGGAUGAAAUCAAGAUCUACUACACCUCGCGCACCCACUCCCAGUUAGCGCAGUUCAUCUCAGAACUACGCCGUCCGGCUUUCCCUCCGUCGAUUCCCGAGGAUAUGGUAGCAGCGAGCGCAAGGGACGGAGAGAAGCCCACCAAGGAAACGGUCAAGCAGCUGCCCUUGUCAUCGAGACAGAAGCUGUGUAUCAAUCCCUCGGUCGCGCGGCUGAGAUCCCUGGCUGCCAUCAAUGACCGAUGUACAGAAUUCCAGCAGUCAAAGUCUAAAGAGAAAUGUCCCUUCCUGCCAAGCAUCGAGAAUUUGAAGCAGACGCAUGAGUUCCGGGAUGCAGCUCUGGCGACCAUCCCCGACAUCGAAGACUUGCACCGGGUCGGCAAGGACCUGCAGGUGUGUCCUUAUUAUGCCUCGCGCACAGCCAUCCCGGGCGCCGAGGUCAUCACGCUCCCAUACCCCUUGCUCUUGCAAAAGAGCGCAAGAGAGGCGCUGGGUAUCAAGCUGGAAGGGAACGUUGUCAUCAUUGACGAAGCACACAACAUCAUGGAUGCAGUCGCGAAUGUUUAUGCCGCAGAGAUCCGCUUGAGCGAGCUCAGAAGAGCGAGGCAAAUGCUGGGCGUCUACAUCAAGCGAUUUGGCAAGAAGCUCAAAGGAGAAAACCGCGUCAUGGUUGCUCAGGUUGGCAAGGUUAUCGAGUCCCUAACGGAGUGCUUGAACGAUCAACUCAACACCAAGGCAGAGCAAGGGACCGUUGAUUCCAAUACCAUCCUGAAAGCUCGGGGUGCAGACCAGAUCAAUUUGUACCAGCUGAUUCGUUACAUUCAAGAGUCCAAGCUGGCUUAUAAGGUUGAAAGCUACGUCAGUCAUGCGGAGCAAGAGGAAUCGUCAGUUUCAACAGGCACGAAGACCGCGACGUCGACACCCGUUCUCCACAUUCUCAUCUCCUUUCUCACCGCACUCACCAACCUGACCGGCGAGGGCCGAAUCUUCUACGAGAAGCUCUCGACAACCCUGCCCGAUAUUAAACUCUCAUACCUCCUACUCUCCCCAACACACGCCUUCUCGUCCAUCGCCUCUGCCGCUCGAGCCGUCAUCUUGGCCGGCGGCACAAUGUCUCCGUUCGAAGACUACAAAGCGCACCUGUUCCCAACCUUUCCACCCGACAAGAUCACCACGCUCAGCUGCGGACACGUCAUUCCAUCUUCCAAUCUGUUGGCUUGGACUCUCGUAUCGACAAAGCCGACUCCGCCGGGUAGUAGCACUGUCCCUGACGCAUUCGAGUUCAGCUUCCAGAAACGCAAGGACCCGGCCAUAAUCCGCCAGCUCGGUCUCACCCUUCUGAACAUAUGCUCCGUGGUUCCCGACGGCGUGGUCGUCUUCUUCCCCAGCUACGGCUACCUCGACGACGUGGUCGCCGUGUGGCAGACCAAGGAAGCAGCAAAACCCCAUGGGACGACCUGGGACCGCCUCGCCUCGAAGAAGGCCGUCUUCCGCGAAACCAAGGGCGGGGCGAGCGAGGACAUCCUCCAGCGGUACAGCGAGGCAAUCCUGUCGCCAGGUCAACAGCCGUCUAGCAAACCUCGCGGCGCUCUCUUGCUCAGCGUCGUAGGCGGCAAGCUGUCAGAAGGCAUCAACUUCUCGGACCGACUCGGGCGGUGCGUCGUCGUCGUCGGCUUGCCGUACCCCAACAUGCACUCGCCCGACUGGAAGGCGCGGCUCGAGUACAUCGAGUCGACCACUCUAUCCCGGUUGCGGCAGCAGCAGGAGGAGUCGCAAAACAGUCCUGCAGCACUGCUCUCGGAGGCCCAGGCCCAGGCCCAGGCGAGGCAGGCGGCGCGCGACUUUUACGAGAAUGCGUGCAUGCGGGCCGUGAACCAAAGUAUUGGGCGCGCGAUACGGCACCGCGCGGAUUAUGCUGCCGUGGUGCUUGUUGAUCGGCGGUUUGCGGCGGAACGGAUUAAGGGGAAGCUGCCGGGCUGGAUCAUGUCGGGUAUGGUGGAGGGUGCCGAGGGGAAGGGAUUGCAGGGGCUUAUGGGGGGGCUGAGUUCGUUUUUCAGAGGCAAGAAGGGGGUGUAUUGAUGGAAGUGGGAGACAGAUUUUGGAUCUGUGGAACUAGGCCGAUGGUGUUUGGGUUGAAAGAUCUCAUUCCUCAUCCUGUUCACUGUUGAAAAAGGCUGGGCUGGGCUGGGCUUAUCAUGAAUACUGAAACACCAGACCAAUGGAGCGCCAUCAUCUCACGAGGGCUCUCUCCAACACUAGGUUUUGAGCUGCGGCAUCAAAAUGUCUGCCCUACAGCGAUGUAUCUGGCUGCUCUUCAUCCUCUUUUUGCUACUGUUCUCAUUACUCUUCAGCCGUGGGAAGCGCCUGACGACCAAGACUAUCUCGUGAAUCAACAAG